GAGAGAGAGAGGGUUUCUUGUUAUGAUUGCGUGACUCGAAGGGAAGUCUUCUUUUUUCCGUUCCUUUUCGUGAGAAAAAUGCAUGAGUCAACUCUGCACGUUGUUGUUGCAUGAAGAAGGAAGGAAGGAAGGAAGGAAGGAUGGAGGUAGAAGAAAUGGAGUACCUGUAGCUUUGUAUUUAAUAGAAGCCAUUGACGCCUUCCAUUUCCCUCUAUAUUAAGGCUGGCGUUCUUCUUGGAUGUGGAGCAUUUCCGCUUGGUUGUGGAUUCAGAGGGAGGAGGAAGGAUGAGCUGCAGCCGGAGAAGCGAGAAGGUGGACCUGAAGCUGAACCUCUCGCUGCUGCCGACCGCCAGCGGCCGCGACGAGGCCUCUCCUCAGGGGUACGCUUCGUCCUCAUCGUUGUCGUCCCCGAGCUCGUGCUUGUCCUCGGAGGCUGAGCUGGGGCUGAGGUCCCCGGUCAGCCCCACGGCGGCGCCGUCCAUGGUGCUCGCCGGCUGCCCGCGCUGCCUCAUGUACGUCAUGCUCUCGGCCGCCGACCUCAGGUGCCCCAAGUGCAGCAGCACCGUCCUCCUCGACUUCUACGGCGGCGGCGCCGCGGCCACCACCACUACCACCACCACUGCCACCAAGAACAAGAAGGGCAGGAUGAGCUAAGAUUGUUAGCAUGUCUCUUCAAUGUAAAUGGGACCUUUGUGUUUGCUUCUGCAGGAGUCAGAAAGGUUUUCCACAAUAGCAACUCUCUUAUCUGUGUUUGGUCUUAAUACUGUGAUGCAGGAUUCAUGAAACGAGCACUGCUCUUCAUAUUCGUGCUCA